AUGGGCUGCUGCUGCUCCUCCAAGAGCGCCGAGGAGGCGGAAGACCUGCAUCAGCCGAAGACCCGCUCGAGUGGAGGCAAGGCCGACGCUGGCCUCGUGGCGAAGAAGGUGGAGCAGGCCAAGAAGACAGGGGCGCUGGCCCUGCGGGAGUGCGGCCUGAAGAAGCUGCCACCCUCCGCGCUCGACGACGGGGUUGGCUCCUUUCGGACGGUGGACGUCACCGGAAACCUGCUGAAGGAGCUGCCCGAUGGGCUCGGCGCGUGGGUGGGGCUGCAGAACCUGCUCUGCGCGCGCAACCAGCUGCAGUCGCUGCCACCGAGCGUGGGGCAGCUUGCCAACCUGAAGAAGCUCGUUCUCACCGACAAUCGGCUGGCCCGGCUGCCUCAGGAACUCGCGGAGUGCGGCAGCCUCGCCAUCCUGCAGCUGGACAACAACCGGCUGGGGCCCACGGUGGGCGACGUCUUCCCAGGCUCGCUGCAGGAGCUGGACCUCUCAAGGAACAGGCUGAGCGAGCUGACUCGCCUCGUACUCGCGGGCAACGAGCUCCGUGAGUUGCCCGUGUCCCUGGCGGGGGCGGCCAGGCUGCAGUUUCUCGACGCGGCCGACAACCUGCUGGUCGGCGUCCCCUCGCAGCUGCUGGAGGGCACUGGCCUCGCGGAGUUGUGGCUCAAGGGGAACCCCAUCCGAGGAGUGGAAAACGGCAUGAGUAUAUCAUUUUGCUUCUGGCAGUGGCCAGAACUGGAAGCAUCCAGUGACAGCCGUCUUUGGCCUCCACGCUGCCCACCCUUCCUCCUCGUCCUUCCUCCUUUCUUCUUCCGCCUCCUGCGGGGGAUUUACGAACGUUUCUUAAUGAGCGUGGAGGGGUACCCCCCCGACGGGGGUCAAUCUCGCCUCGUCGUCGCGCCGCGACGGAGGUCGGAGCGCUUUCGGCGCGCGGUGGCUACCCGCGACGGGGGUCGAUGUAGGGCUGUUGGCGGGGGUAACGCCCCCCCGACGCUUUUUAAGAGACUCGGAGUAGCCAUCAGGGCCUUCGUGGUUCUAGAUGUCUAGGCAAAAUCGGAGGUUCGCGCAGACUUUCCCGGAUCGGCGCUGGGCCCACUUGGCGGCGCCGCGCCGGUCUAAAGAAUCCGCGCGGACCUUCAGAAGGUCAGGUUUGUGCCGUUUUCGGUUCCUCGGCCCGUGGACCGCCUGAAGCUGCAGGAGACGCCCGGCUUUUGCAGCUUCCUCGAGCGCCGCAAGCAGCGG